AUGAGUGUUCCUGAAGCAGGGACUGCCUGGGAUGGGGCGCAGAGGACACGGACCCGGGCCUUCUGCUCCUUGUGCGUCUGGGGUGGGCCUGGGGGGCUGGGCUGCUCCCCCACCAUGAGGGCUUCUGGCUGGGCCCUGGGGCUCCUGCCACUUCUGCUGCUGCUUCCCGGAGCUGAGGGCCAGAUCCAGGUGUGCUCUGUGUCCCCUGACUGGAUCGAGGUGUAUGAGAACGAGCUUCCCACACAAGCCGUGGCCACGGUCACAGAGCCCCUCGGGCAGAUGGUCGUCCUGAGCUCUACUUCCAAUCCAAUCUUCGAGCUCAAGAAUAGGGGGCUGAGGCUCACCAGAGAACCCGAUUUUGAGACAGAGCGUGUGCUGACUGCAAACCUGGACUGCAAGGAAGGGAAUAUCGUGGUGACCAGGCUGACCGUGACUGUGGUAGUCCUCAAUGUCAAUGACGAGCCCCCCCUGUUUCCCUUUUCCAGCAAAACCUGGAACGUCAGCGAGAACACCAUCGUGGGGACCACUGUUAUACCGGCCACAGAACUGGCAGCCACAGACAAAGAUGAGGACACACUCUUCUACACUCUCUUAGGGCAGAGCCCCCCGGGUGCAGACAAGGUUUUCUCCCUGGCUGGGGUUAACUCCCCCGCCCUGCAGCUGGCCCAGGCUCUGGACUAUGACAAGAUGCCAUCCAUGGUCUUCCACCUUCUGGUCAGGGACACUCCCGAACCGGAGGCCAAGCCCAGCCACACGGCCACAGCCUCCAUCACAAUCCAAGUGAUUCCUGCCGACAUGCGCCCGCCCUGGUUCUUGCCCUGCCGGUUUACCGAUGGGCGGAUCUGCAUCCACGCCGAGUACAGCGGAGCAGUGGCCACUGGCUUGGUCCUGACAUCACCCUUCACCUUCUCACCUGGGCCUGUGUAUGCUGUUGAUGGGGACACGGCCAUCAAUGAGCAGAUAAGAUACAGCAUUAUUGGGGGGAACCCGGACAACACUUUUCAGAUUGGCGAGGACUCGGGCAACGUCACCAUGACCAAAGCCAUCCCCAGGCCCACCAUCCUCACCAUGCAGGUCCAGGUGAGAAGUGGCUCUGGCUGCUGCUCCCCUCCCUAGCUCUUCCCCACGGGAAGGCUGCCCCCCCGCUCUGAGGCU